CGCAGGGUCACCCCCAGCAUUAAAUUCGCCGGUACUCAUUCAUACACCUGGAUGGAGAGAGGCAUCGUGAGAGUUAAAUGUCUUAGCCAAGAACACAACACAAUGUCCCCGGUCAGGGCUCCAAACCAGACCGCUCAAUCCGGAGACGAGCGCGCUAAACAUGAGGCCACCGCGCCUCCCACAAUGCGCUACUGGAAGCCAGCCUUAAUUUGUCAUUGUUUAAAACUGAAAUUAAUGGGAGGAGCCCAUAAUUAUCUCCCACACCUCUGCUACAAAAGAUUGACCGUGAUCUAAGAAUUGCCGUAUUUAUCGACCAGUAAAUAACUCGAUUGAGACAAUGACCCAAGCGCUUGUCACAAGACCCGGGCACCGGUGGCAUUUGUUUUGAAAAGGUUUUCCCCUCUGAUGGUAUUUCAGUUAUAUUUCUGAACCUUGCGCUAGUGAAUAAAAGUAAAUAUUUUGACAAAAUACCGUGCCGUAACAAGGGAGUGUCCUUCUCGAGAUAAUGAAUUUAUCGUAGCUUUGCUUUGACUGCGGGUUGUUUUUCAAUUCCUUCACGUAAUUUACCUUAAAUAAAUAAUGAUUGAAUGUGUCCAACCAAUAGAAAUUCCUCAUCAUUUUUGACAUGAAAUAUAAUUCCCGGGGAUCAUAAAUCGUUAGUGUUUCUGUGGUUUCCAUCGCCAAAAUGCUGUCAGUUUUCGCUUUUUUUGCGUUACUUGGUUCUUCUGCCUGUCUUGGUUCCGAAAACGUGUACCAUCUAAACGAGCGGGAUUUUGAGAGUCACAUCCGAGACAAGGACAUUAUGCUUGUAGACUUCUUCGCGCCAUGGUGCACACAUUGUCAACAACUCAGUCCUGAGUUGGACGCAGCUGCAGACCAACUCGCUACAAAGAACCAGUUUGUUUUUGCUAAGGUGGAUUGUGUAAAUGACGGCAAACAGUUGUGUCAGCGGUUUAACAUACAAGGUUAUCCUACCAUCAAACUAUUCAAAUAUGGUCAAUACGUUGGUGACUAUGUUGGACAACGAGACAGAGGCUCACUGAUGCAAUACGUCGAUUCAGUGGCGUCGUCUUUCAGGCAGACUGCACCACUGACCAGCGGAGCGUCCACACCCUUAUCGCUGGCUCAGGCCAUUAACUACAGGCCUCACGCUCAAGUGCUCCCCUCACACCAUGCCUCCGCUAUUCACGUUCCCGCCCCGGCCGUUGCACCGACAUUUAUGAAUCAUGUGAACAUGCACCAGAAGAACCCGUCUCUGAUGCAUUCCUUUUAUGGUUCCUCUACGCAUGCGCAACAGCCAGGAAAUACUGCUGCGUUUCUUGGCUCAAAUCCUCUGCUGCAGCAAGCGAGCCCAGACUCCUUGCAGUCCAAAUUUGGCAACUUGGCGUCACUGGACGUGUACAGGGCCAAGUUGAAAAUGAUAGCAGCUUAUAAAAAUUAUCAGCGUCGCCUUAAAGAGUACAGAACCAAACUCACGGCCGCCAGUAAAACAAACGUAAAUCCAGGUCCUCAAGGGUAUGCAGGCGCGGUUACUCGACCGCCUCGUCCUGGUGUGAACGCAUUUGCUCAGCCUCAGCCCUAUCGCGGAUAUUAUCGACCCGAAGCUUUGGCAGCUCAGAAUGUACAGAUUAACCGUGCGUAUCCCCAGGCCGGAUUCGGAGUAAAUAACAUGGGUUAUCCGAACCGGUUUGGAAGUCCAUACGGUUAUCAAGCUGCAGCCAGCAGUCCGUAUUAUCGAAGUAAAACGUUUCACGGGGGAAAGCGGCAUCAUGGUAAGCAAAGAAUGCCCGCUCCUCGUCCCGCUGCCGUAAGGAAACCCGCAUACAACCCUCGACAGAGAACAGCGCAAGUAAACAACCAAGCAGCUUAUUAUUACAAACAAAAACAACAACGGCGGCAACAACAGUUUUCACAGCAACCACAACAAAAACAACAACAGUUCAGGAAAGAUGAACAACAACAACAGCAACAACAACAGCAAUUUAGCCAACAAUCGCAGGGACAGCAAUUCCAGCAAGAACCACAGCAGCAAUUUAGACAACAGUCGCAGGGGCAACAAUUCCAAGAAGAAUUUCCACAACAGCAGCAACAACAACAACAACAACAACAACAACAAUUGCAGCAAGAACCACACGAAGACCAAACGAAUAACAAACAACAGCAGGAUAACAACAAGCCACAGGCAAACCAAGCCGUUGACAAACUAGCCCUACCCACCCCUGGGCAGUCAAAUGACGCGCCAACAAAGCCAGACACUUCAGCUCUAAAGGAUCUCAAGGCAGACAUCGAGUCCGCCAUCCAAGAUGCAUUGCGAAACGCUGUGUCAAAAGAAAGCGAGAAGACUAAGGCGAGUCCAGCAGUUCAUGUUGAUGGCGAGAGGGCUAAGUCCCAUUCUCCUGAACAAACAGGUUCCGGUUCUGGCGCCCAGUCCCAGAGCGAUACAGCGCAUGGCUCGGGCAUCGUUGGAGAUGCCGUGACCGGGGAAGUCACGGGGAGUGGGUCGGGAGUGAAACCUGAUGCUCGGUAAAGAAUAGACACAAUUCAAGACGAAGAAUAAAUUAUUCUGAUUCUGGUAUACGAUGUUAUAAAAAGUGACAUUGAAAAGCAUUGCUCUCUGUAGGUUUUGAAUACAGUCGUGCCUGGCUGGCCUAGCUAGAUCAGAGAGCCCUCUCUGUGAUGGUGUUUCAAAAUUGAACUGCCUGUGCCAUUCAUCGGCGCUUGCGAAUUCUCCACCUGUUUACUUGGCAAAAGUAAAAACACUCUCCUUCAAUGAAUUUACAAAAGAAGUUACAAGUUGACUACCGAGAUUUAAUUCUUGCUGUUUUCUUUAUCGUUUUCUUUUUCCUUUUCUCCUUUUCCCCGAAAUAACAGAUGACUCGUUUACAACAACAAAGCCAAAAUAUAUUUUGUAGUCAAUUAAAGUGAAUAUUUUGUAGAGAUCAAAAGAAAAGAUGUAUGUUAUAGUAGAAAAUAAAAGAACCCUAUUUUUUUACA